UGUGGUCAUAACAUUCAGUCUGCGCUGGACCUGUAUCGUGAUCGGUUGUGUUUUACGGAAGAAUUGUUUAAAUUAAAAUUUUACUACCGGCAAGUAACGCAAAUCAACACAGUGCGCGGUGUAAAUUUGAAUUACUUUGGAGUUCGGUCUUUGUUGAAAGAAAUUAAAAAAAAAAAGUUGUUGCCUUUGUUAAAGUGUUUAUAUUUUUUUUUUUAUUGAAAAUAUCAAAUUCAAAUAAAAAUUGAUGCUGCAUGCAAGAAUUAUUAAAAAUUGUGGAAUUUGAUGAGAUAAAUAUAUGAGUUUUGUAAUCAUAUUGGAAUUGGUUAAAAUGUCAGUUAUCAUACCAAGGAAUUGAGUUGGGAUAUUGAAUACAGCUUUUCUUAAAAUUCCUAAAAAAUAAGCUGUUAUAUGCACCAGAAGCUAAGUGUUUUCCAAUUUUAUGUGCGCUUGAAGAGUUAAAAUGCUGAACUACAGCUGAUAUAAAGGAGCUUUUCUCAAAAGCAACGUUUUGCGGUGACCACUAUAUCUCUGAACUGGAUCCUCUGUAAUUAAAAAACCAAGCAGAUUUCGUAAUGUUAAAUCUAGUAAAGACAAUCGAAGGGAUAAGCAUAAAAUGUAUUAACAAAAUGACCGUUUCGCAUAAAAACAUCGAUUUUUGAACAAAAUUUCGGCCAUAAAAUGUUUAUAAAAAAAUAUUUAUUGGUGAGAAAAAAUCUUCGAUUAAUUACUAAAAUAUAUAUUUUAGAAGCUCAUGUAAAAUGUGAGACUGAUAAACUUAACCGUUUUCGAGUAAUGUUGGCCACCAACUAUGAAAACACCAUUUUGAGAAGAGUUAGAGUUUGGCCCUGUACUUCCAAGCGCUUGAAACGCAUUUGAAACUUCGAAAAUAUUCACCGGAACGAUAUGAAAUUUUCUGUUUGUGUUCUUAAAUAUAUAUGUAUGUAUAUAACCCCUUAAAUCUUGUAGCAUUUUUAUCAGAUUUUACAAGCUCAUGAUAUAUCACCAAACACAGCGCAUUGCCUUCUUAACGUAUCGACCUGUUUUUGUAGUCGAUGUUGAUGGUUUUCCCAGGAUUUUCUUCCGUUCAGGAUUUCUUAAAUAAAUUAAUUUUUCAUCGCCAUUGACAAUUCGUUGAAAAACUGGUUUUCUUUCGUGUCUUUGAAGCAAAUUUUCACAGUGAAGUGUUUUCCAUUCAUCUUUCAUGUGACACCCACUUACCACACUUUUGGAUCAUUCCCAUAGUUUUCAAACGGUCUGAAAAUCUUUGCUGUGCAACAUUUACUUUAACUCGAAGUAUCGUAUUCAUCCAAAAUUGCUUGCAUUUCAACUUCUUCAAACUUUUUUUGGUGAUCUUGCACGUUCACCAUUUCUCACUUGAAAAUCAUUAACUCUGACUGUUGCAACCAUCUUUUGCAUGUUGCUUCAAAUAGAGUAUGAUCACUAUAUGCCUCGACAAGCAUUCGAUGAGACUCUGCAAGAGCAAUUUCUCCUCUUUUAGCCAAGGGAGAUCGACUGCUUUCUUCCAGCGGACGAAGUAACCAUCUGCUUCAGAAAUGGAUCGGCUUUGUUACGUUUUCAUAUUCGCAUAUUUUUAUCAUUGCGUUAACUCGUGUAACUUCCAUACAUCAAGCUUCUUUAUUCCAUAAAGCCUUAUUUAAAUAGUACUAAAUGAUUUUUGGUGUAUUUCUCUUUACUCCGACAAUUCCGAGUCAAGCAAUCACAAAACUAUCUGAGAAGUAUUUAAGUAUGAAAUCUUAUUUUUUCAGCUUAACUCUAUCGCGAGAUACAGAUUAUUAAAGCCAUCUAUUAAAAAAGUUGUGAAUUUAUUCUUACUAGAACUUUAGGGGUAUGCAUAAUAAAAGUUACUAUAUGGACCACCUUUUACAUACACUGUAUACAUACAUAUGUUCAUAGAUAACUUAUGCCAUAGACUAACUCUCCACAUUUCCACCUGUGUCCCACCUGUAUUAUUCAAGUCAUCACAUCAGCUCAUCUGUCGCAAAAACACACUGAAGCACACAAACUAAACAAAAUCAAAAUCGAACACUUAUAAAAAUUCCACGCAGACGACAGAUAUUACUGAAGAAUCAUCAGGAAUCGGUGAAUGAUACAAUGGUCGAUAGUCGUGAACGUAUACGUGGUCCACCACGUGAUGGUCGCGAAUUUCUCACCAGUCCCAGACAAGUAUUGCGACGUUUAAUGUUGCUCUCCGAGGGACGUCAAUAUAGAGAGGCGGCAGGUGUUGUGGGUCGACUGGGACCAUCCGUUUUGCGUUCAGUCAUCGCAGAGUUGCCCAUCGACUUGCUGCUAGAACAUUUACCGCACAGCGCCUAUCUGUUGGAGUCAUUUUUCACAAGAUUAAUUACCGUCAAUCCCUCACCAAAACCGGAUGUGCCCAUAGAAUCAGUUGUUUGGCAGCUGGUGCGCCUCUUUUCAUAUCCUCACGAGUCAGGUGUGCGGCAACGUUGCGCGAAGCUUACACAGGCCAUAGCUCAGUAUGAACCCAGUUUGCGUCAGACACUGCGCGAGCGGCGAAAAUCCUUCGAUAACGCUGUACAAGGUUUGGGUGUGCACGGUUUAACCACAGACGCCACCGGACAGCUAAUAUCACUGCAUCAUGCGCUCAAGACCGAGUUACAAAGACAUUUGGAUAUAUACAAAAUGGCCAUACACAAAUUGGAAGAGCUGAGCAUGGUGACCGCGCAUCAAGAUCCAGCACAUUCCUCCCAUCAACGCCUACUAGCCAUCAACUACGGUGACAUACAACAAAGACUGAUCGAGAACAAAACCCUGCUCACCAUGUUGGAUAAGCCGGCCUUAAAGCAGCUGGCGUGUCUUGUCGAGAAUCUUAGUCAGCGUGUGGAGAAUGACAAAGAGGUGUUGAAGUGUGUGGGCCAAGUAAAACGUUUAGAUGGUAAGGCUUGUAUAGAGAAACGCCCGGCGGCCGGUUUAUUAAUGAACUUCGCGCAAGGCUGCGAAGCUGUGCUACAGCUUAUGGGUCCCGAAAGCCUACCGACAAGUCCGACUGCCAUUUGUAAAGGUAGCAACAGUAGUAACAGCAGUGAUGGCUAUCAUUCGGAUGAUUCGAAUAGCGAAGAAACGAGUGAAAUGGUAACUCAAUAUCGCACGCUAUAUUUGGAGAACCGAGCAGACACUUUGGAGGCUUUGGAUGGCUUGCCGCAGCUGAGACAUGUUCAAAAUUUGAAGGCGAAAAUACUCUUCUCGAUAAUUGUGUUGUCAUUUCGUCUGUGCCAUGCUAUGCGCGAGAGGAAAGUGAUUGAAGUGCGUCGGAUAUUGAAUUGCGCCUUGGACUCAUCGAGUGAGAGUACGCUGGCCUUGGAUCGUUCGGUGCGCACACAUUUGCAAGAGACAGUUGAAACAUUUCCGGUCGGAGAAAUUGAACGUUCCGUUUUCAAUCAGGUGCUUUCCACUCUCCACGAAUAUCCCUGCUUGGAGUCUUGCCCACCACUAACGCACUUCGUCAGCGCCUGUGUACGCUUGGCUUGGCGUAUGAUUAAUCAGAAGUCACCUUAUUACCUUGAUACUGAUUUCAAUCUUGGUUUCUUGCGCCCGGAAAAGCACGAGCGGCAUUCGCAAUCAGAUCGGCGCUCCGACUUGAUCAAAGCAUUUCUUUGGCCAGCGCUGAUGCAGAACAACCACUGUGUCUUUAAAGCGAUAGUAGCCACUUAGUAAAAGCUUGCGACUACCAAAAACGUGCAAUUAAAGUUUAAUUAACUGUAGCAUGCCUAAAAUAGUGCCCAACAGCCGAGUUGACGCAGAAUUUAUUUAGCCAUUUUUUCUGGUGCAACAGUUAUCAACGAAAAUUCGAAUAUUUAUAAAAAAUGUCUACUUCGAAACCGGCUUUAAUUCACUUUCAAUAUGUACAUACAUACAUACAUAUAUAUAUAUAAUACUUAACUCCCUUUCUAUUAAUUUAUAAUG